CAUGAUGUCAUUCCCAAAUCCUGACACCUGGAAUUUCCCACCAUGCGGCGCAACGAAGUUGAGAAUGAGGUCGACAUGGAAGGCGCCGACGACGACGCUGAGCGUUACGAGGGCGAUUCUCCUGAGGAGGAGGAUGGCGAUGAUCCGGAGGAGGAAGACGAGGACGACCAGGUCGGUGUUACCGUUCUAGACGAGGAAGAUGCUCAAUCUAAUGAUGACGACGCCAUUGUAGAAGAAGAGGACGACCAGCUCAGCAAUACUUCGUCGCAACCAGCACAAUCAUCGCGACUCAAGAUCAAGUUGAAACUCCCCACUGUACCGAGCUCAACGUCCAACACGGCGACACCAGCACCGGAAGAAUAUCACCGUCCACCAAAGAGAGCUUCUGCUCGCACAAGGAGGAUAGUACCGGAUUCCUACCUUGAGAGCUCAGAAGAUGACGAUAAUGAUGAUGAUGACGAUGAGAGGUCUAUGUCACCUGAAUCGGAGUCGACACCUCAAGCUAGUCCUUCGAAGAAGCGCCUCACGUCAAGGCAGGCCGUUCUGGCCAAUGUGGUCGACUCUUCGCAUGUUUCUUUGGAUGGUGACACUGCAGUAUCCGUGGGCAAGGGUAGGAAAAAGCAACUCAACGAGACCGAGUUAGCCUUGCGUCGGGAAGAGACAGCCAGGAAGAGGAAGAAUCUUUCUGAGAAAAAGUUGGAGGAUGAAAAGGUUGAAACUAUCAACCGGCUACUCAAAAAACAAACACGUCCGCGGGGCGGUAGACGCAACGGAACUACUACUGGAACGGGCACCCCGUCCGGAGUCAAGGUGCAGAACGAUAGCGAUGAAGAGGCCAUGGAGGUGGAGGGAAGUACAGAGGAACCUGCGCCUGCACCUAUAAUACCCGUCAUGUAUCGAUGGAUAUCCUCGUCGCGGCCUCCCCAAGUUGAUCCUAGUCCUGGAACUGAGGAGAAAAUGGACGUCGAUGAUACGGUCCCGGAGGAGAAGAUGGAUGUUGAUGGUGCGGCAGAGAAGGAGAAAACCGAUAGUAACGAAGAGAAGAAGAUGAUUCUGAUGUUCUCAGUUCCGCCGUCUUUGCUGCCAGAGGGCGAAGUGCACCCUCCUGCACCACCAAGGCCAAUACCCCAGUGCAAUGUGGAAGGCUGCGAACUCAAUAGAAAGUAUAGGCUCGUUAGAAACUGGGAUAUGGGUGCUUGUGGGAUGGCACAUUUGAAGCUACUGCAGGCUUAAUGGUUCGUUGACGAAC